CCAAUUCAAAGCGUGAGAACUGGGGAUGCUCUACUCGUUCUGUUUCUGAUUUCAUGGAAAAUCAAGUUUUUCAAAUUCACCCACAAACCCUCUACAUGAACUUGCUUUCUUCCAAAGUAAAACCCUUUUGCUGCUUCAGUCCCUCCUUAAAGCUCUUACCUUUUUGCACCCACUCACUUUCCCUAGCUUUCGACAACAACCUAAUCCAAACCCCAAAACCCCCGGCAACAGCAGCAGCGGCGAGGGGAAGUGUUGCGAAGAACGCCGUUAAGAUAUCUGAUGCUGCCGCACUGAAGGAGGGCUGGCUGGACUCUCUCUCUUGCCCUUUUCCUGACAAGUCACGUUUUGAAGAGGAUACUACCAGGAGCAAUGCGGGUUCCAAUUGGGUCAUUGGAAUUGACCCGGAUCUCUCCGGCGCCUUGGCCCUCUUGAAAACCGACGAUUCUGGCUGCUCUGCCCAGGUAUUUGAUUCACCUAACUUGCUUGUUCGGGUUGGAAAGAGAGUUCGAAAGCGUUUGGAUGCAAGGUCUAUUGUUCAAAUGGUCCAAAGUUUGGAGGCACCAGUGGGUACCACUGCAUUUAUAGAGCAAUCAAUCCCUUUUCCACAGGAUGGGAAACAGGGUUGGUGGAGUGGAGGAUUUGGGUAUGGAUUAUGGAUCGGGAUACUAGUUGCCUCAGGGUUUUCUGUAGUUCCAGUGCCAUCUUCGACAUGGAAGAAGGAAUUUGAACUCACUGGAAGCAGAUGCUCAAAGGAUGACAGUCGGAGAGCUGCCUCGACACUAUUUCCAUCAUUGUGUGACCUGUUGAAGAGGAAAAUGGACCACGGAAGAGCUGAAGCUCUACUAAUUGCUGCUUAUGGCAAUGGCAUGAAGUUGGAAUCCUCAGCCGCCCUGGAAGAACUGGUUCCUUAAAAGUGCAGAAGCAAUUGUGGCCCUACUUUUUUACACCACAUUCCACCUUUGCAUUGCUGCUUUGUGACUGUUGACUAUCUACUGGAUUUGCUUUAGGAGUACAAUUGCAAGUUAGGCGCACAAAGAAAAGCAAAUGUCUGGUUGCAGUUAAGAGGACUGAAUUGAAGAAACUUGUCAAAUAUUUCUCUCGGGGUUUAUGAAAGAUUGGGAUGACUCAUUCUUAAUUGAAGAUGGAAAUUGUAGCCCCGAAGUCCUUUCAAAAACAAAUAGCCAUGUACCAUGUAGGUAGGAAAUUCUUU